GCGCUGAGUGGGCCCCGCGGCGCGGCGCGGAGCGGCGGGCGGGACGCCACGGGGCGGGGCGGGACGCGGCGGCCGAGCCCGGCCAGACAGCGGCGGAAAGUGCCACGACUCCACACAGCCGCGGCGGCGAGGAGGGACCGCGACCCGGCUCGGGUGGGCACAGAAGAGUGAGGCAGGAUGGAUGUGUACGACCCUCAGACACUGGGUGUUAUGGUCUUUGGAGGCUUCAUGGUGAUCUCAGCCAUUGGCAUCUUCCUGGUGUCCACCUUCUCCAUGAAGGAGACAUCCUACGAGGAAGCCUUGGCCAAGCAACGCAAGGAGCUUGAGAAGACCCAGCAGCAGAAAUUAGAGAAAAAGAAGAAAGAGAAACCGGUUGAGAAAAAAGGAAAAGCAAAGAAAAAGGAAGAGAAACCGAAUGGAAAGAUCCCAGAGCAGCAGCUUACUCAGGAAGUGAUGGACCCUCCCAAGGAGGUGGUUCUUGAAGCUGCUGUGGUGCCUGAGCCUGUAACAGUCGAAACUCCAAUUGCAGCAGUGGCAGUUAUCCCCCAGGAAAAGGAGAAACCUGUUCCCUCCCCCAAGGAGAAGAGGAAGAAGGAGAAGAAGGUGGCCAAGGUAGAGCCUGCUCCUAGCCCGGUGUUGGCCCCACGCCCUGUCAGCGUCCCCAAAAGCUCUCCUGUCCGGGAGGUGGCCCCUAAGGAGGUGCCUAUUGUGGCAGUGCCCCCAGUUGGCACUCAGCAAAGUGCUCCAGUCAUCAGCUCUGUUGCUGUCAGGAAGACUGAGGCUCUUCCUGCCCAGGAGGAUAAGAAACACGAUGGACCUGCCAAGAAAAAGGCUUCAUCCAAGAAAAAGAGUGAGCCAGCACCUACGGAUUCAGAUGGGGCCCUGUACCUGCCCUACAAGACACUUGUGUCCACAGUCAGCAGCAUGGUGUUCAGUGAAGGGGAGGCCCAGCAGCUCAUCGAGAUCCUGACAGAGAAAGCAGGAAUCAUCCAGGACACCUGGCACAUGGCCACACAGAAGGGUGACCCGGUUGCUGUCCUGAAACGGCAGCUGGAAGAGAAGGAGAAGCAGCUCUCUGCCGAGCAGGAGGAUUCAGCUGCUGCCAGGAACAAACUGCGGGAGCUGAGCAAGGAGCUGGCAGCUGAGCGGGCCAAGGCAGUGGCUGUGGAGGGCAAGCUGAAGGAGCAGCUGCUGGCCCGCGAGCGGGAGAUUGUGGCGGUGCAGGCACGGAUGCAGGCCAGCUACCAGGACCAUGUCAGUGAGACCCAGCAGCUCCAGGGCAAGAUCCGGACCCUGCAGGAGCAGCUGGAGAAUGGCCCCAACACGCAGCUGGCUCGCCUGCAGCAGGAGAACUCCAUCCUGAGGGAUGCCCUCAACCAGGCUACCAGCCAGAUGGAAAGCAAGCAAAAUGCUGAGCUGGCCAAGUUGAGGCAGGAGUGCAGCAAGCUGAUGAAAGAGCUGUCUGAGAAGUCGGAGGUGCUGCAGCAAGAGGAGCAGCAGAGGAAGAGCUGGGAGAUGAAAGCAGCGGCCUCGGAGAAGCGAAUUGAGCAGCUGCAGGCUUACCAACGGGAGGCAGAGGCAGUGCUGCAGAAGAGGCUGGAUGAGGUCAGCGACGAGCUCCGCAAAACCCAGAGCAGCUACAAGAGCCUGUUGGCAGAUGCAGAAAAGACCAAAGGGCAGCAGCAGAGCAUUGCUGACCUGCAGGCCAAGCUGCUGAGCUCCGAGGCAGAGGUUAAAAGUAAGCUGCUGGAGUUGGACAGUGUGAAAGGGCAGCUGCAGGAUGCCAGCUCGGAGAACACAAAGCUUCGGGAGAGGAUCAAGUCCAUCGAAGCUCUGCUGGAGGCAGGGCAGAUGCGGGAGGCAGAAAAAGACAGAGACCUGCAGGCAGCCAAUGAAACAGCAAUGAAGCAGCUGCAGUCAAGACUCCAGGAGAAGACAGACCAGCUCUCAGCCUUGGAAAGGGAGGCCACACAGCUGCGGGAGGCAGUGGAGCAGCAGAAGGUGAAAAACAACGACCUUCGGGAAAAGAACUGGAAGGCAAUGGAAGCGCUGACCACGGUGGAGAAAGCGUGUGAGGACAAACUGCUUGCUGCUACAAAAGCAAAGGAAGAGCUGGCCCAACAGCUGGACUCACUCCAGUCACAAACCAGGAAGACGCUGCUCUCCAUCCUCCCAGGAGUAACCAUGUCCUCACAGCAGGAUUAUGACACGUGGCUACAGGAGUUUAAGGAGAAGGCUGUGGGUGUGCUAAAGCAGCAGAUGAUCACAACAGAGCCACCAGAUUCAGCUCUUAAAUUAAAAGAGGCAGAGGAAGCGCAAAGCACUUUACAAGCAGAAUGUGAGCAGUACAGAACGAUCCUCGCAGAGACAGAAGGGAUGCUGCGAAACCUGCAGAAGAGCGUGGAGGAGGAGGAGCAGGUGUGGAAGGCAAAGCUCACAGUGUCUGAAGAGGAGCUCCAAAAGUCACACCUGCAGCUGAAGUCCCUGGAAGGCAUGGUGGAGAAGUUGAAAGCAGAUCUGCAAAGCACAGAUCAGCUAAAGGAAUACACCUCUCUUCUGGAAACACAACUGGAAAAUCACUUGGAGACAGCCAGCUCUGAGCGCCAGAACUACACAAAAGAAGUUGGAGCUUUGAGGCAGCUCUUGUCAGAAUCCCAGGAGCAGCUGGAGGCAGCAAAGACUGAAACGCAGAAGCAAAGCAAGGAGCUGGCCCUGUUGAAAACCCAGCUGGAGCAGAACGAAACGCUGGCAGAGAAGGAGCAAAUGCUGCGGCAAAAGCUGGCACGGGAGCUGGAGGAGGCCCAGAGCUUAGCACGCAGCUUGCAAGCAGAGCUGGAAAAACUGAGACUGGCUGAACAUGCAGCAGCUUCAGACCAGGAGGAGGCCCAGCAUCUCAAGGGGAAAGAGGACAGUUCAAAGGAAGGGACUUCAGUUUGAUGAGUCUUCACCCUGGACCUUACAUUUAACUUACCAAAAUGCCUUACACAUUCCUAAAAAUAAAAAUUUAUGCUAAAUUUACUGUAGAUAAAAGAUACAAGCCAUUAGUGACCCAAAACAUAGUUUUGAAACUUAAAACAUUUAAAAAAAAAAAAAAAACAACCAAAAAAUCAACCAGUAAACACUGCAGUUUGUAAGAAAAUCUUCAUACGGUUUUGUACAACUCUUCGUUUCCUGGGAAGCUGCUGUGGCCACAUCGGGCACGUGCUGGGGCUUCACCCUCCUGUUCCAGCAGAACCCACCAAUGUGUGAAAAGGGAAGACUGUGUUUCUACAUCAACCAGUGCAAUUAUAAUUAUAUAUUUUUUUCCUU